GACACUCGUUCAAAGUUGUCAAAGUAAGUGCUUCAAAAUUUACUCGCCAACGACUUUCGACGCCUCAAGGGCGUUCAAGCUGGAGGAGGAUUUCGUCGGCGGCUGCAUGACAAUGUCGAUGUACUCGACGACGGAUAAAAUGAAAAUGUCAGCGCCCAGUUGUUUUCCAGGACGCUACAGUCCAUCCUAUCGAAGUUCGGAGCAAAUGCGACGCUGUAUGCCAAAUCCAUCUAGUCGUUUAUUAGAAGAUGCUUCCCUCUUAUGCAAUUCGUGGUCAGCACGUCAGAAUGGUGAUAUUUUUGCGGGUAUCAACGACGGCAUACUCAGCAGAGCGGAAGCCCUCGCCGCCGUCGACAUACAGAAGCAUCAAGCCCAGCAUGUACAUAGCCAAAUGCCCUCCCAAAUCAAGCACGAUGUGAUGUACCAUCAUCAUUCAAUGAGUGGCCCCCCGCAACGUCCAUUACAGAUGCACCAUUCAAUGGAUCAACUGGACAUGCUGGAUCCGACGGGCUCGAUGACAACGUUAGCCCCCAUAUCGGAGUCGCCCCUAACGCCCACACAUCAGCACCUGCACGGUUCCUAUCACAGUAUGAAUCACAUGAUGAGCCACCACCAUCCGGGCACGUUAAGUGGCCACACGGCGGGGCACCAUGGACACUCAGCGGUACAUCAUCCUGUCAUAACGGCGGCCGUGGCAGCCGCUGGCCUGCAUCCCGACACAGACACCGAUCCGCGCGAGCUCGAAGCGUUCGCGGAGCGCUUCAAGCAGCGUCGCAUUAAGCUGGGUGUCACACAAGCGGACGUGGGCAAAGCGUUGGCCAAUCUCAAGUUACCUGGCGUCGGUGCGCUGUCGCAGAGCACAAUCUGCAGAUUCGAGAGCCUGACGCUAUCCCAUAACAACAUGAUCGCGUUGAAGCCCAUACUGCAGGCGUGGCUGGAGGAGGCCGAGGCGCAGGCGAAAAACAAGCGACGGGAUCCAGAUGCGCCCAGUGUGCUGCCGGCGGGCGAAAAGAAAAGAAAAAGGACUUCCAUUGCGGCACCUGAAAAGCGCUCCCUGGAAGCCUAUUUCGCCGUCCAGCCGAGGCCGUCCGGUGAGAAAAUCGCUGCCAUUGCCGAAAAGCUGGAUUUGAAGAAAAACGUGGUGCGCGUCUGGUUCUGCAAUCAACGCCAAAAACAAAAACGUAUAGUUAGUAGUGUAACACCAUCAAUGACGGGACACGGCUCCGCCGGAUUCGGAUACUGAUAGUCAUUUAUGACGGCAGCAGCGGCAGCGACAGCAGCAGCGGCAGCGACAGCAGCAGCGGCGUCGGCAGCAGCAGCAGCAGCAGCAGCAGCGGCAACAGAAACAACAACAGCAACAGCAGCAGCAACAGCGGCAGCGGUAGCGGCAUUUUCCUCUUCUUCUUCUUCUUCUUCUUCAUCUUCAUCUUCAUCUUCUUCUCUACCCAUAACGGGCGACUAUUAUCUUUAGUAAUUCGGAUUCGGAUGCCGAUUCGGAUUAGGAUUAGGAUUCGAUUCAAUUGGAUGACGUUUGGCCGGCAACAACAACAACAACAACAACAACAACGAACAAGAACAUCUUUACAACACUUUUCAUUUUAUAGUCUGGCAACACCACACACACGCACACACACACACACACACACAGCUUAAUGCGUUAAAAUGAGAGAGAGAGAGAGAGAGAGAGAGAGAGAGAGAGAGAGGGAGAGAGAGGAAAAUUUUAACGUAAAAUGUAAACAUGAAAAAGAACCACAAAAGAAUUUUUUUAGGAUCGAAUAUCGAAACAAUGGACCAACAUAUCAAAUGCAAUAAUUUAUUGAAUUGUAUAGGAGAAAAAGGUGGGUAAAAAAACAAACACAAAAACAAAAACAAAAACAAA